CAAAGCUGCGAAAGCUGUGAAAAAACAAAAGGCCAACGAAGUCCAGCUCUGGAUGGAUGGAUGGACGAGGAGGAGCGAUGAUGAUGCGGUGCAAGCAUCAAGCAGCUUGACCCGACGCCCGACACCCCGCCGUUGAUGUCUUCGUCGCCUUGGGCUUCAUCAACCAACCAUACCCUCCCGACGGUCCUAAUACCAGGUACCAACACUUAUCCCACAAGCUUGCAAGAUGUUCCCCAUAGCUCUGCGCCGAGGCGCUCAUUCCACAAGACACUGUGCCACCACCGCUUUGGCACAACGACAAUUUCAUCAGGGCAGACCUCUCUCGAAGAUUGGGUGGGUGGAGGUUGUGGAUCGGCGCUUUGAUCCGAGAACUAAAAGCUGGAAACACGAAGAUCCGGAGAUGGUGGUUGGGAGAAUCCAAGUGGAAGUCAAUUCCAAAGGAGACGAGAUUCGCACGUUCAAGUCGGAUCGACACACGAAGCCUACCACCUAUAAAAAGGAACUCAACAACCAGAUCGCCUAUGACCGCAAGAAGAAACAAGUAAUGGAUCUCAUGAAGUACAUUCAUUUUGUCAAGGAUCACAAGGACAAGGAUAACUGGUAGUGAUCAUCUGUUUAGAAGGAAGGUCUCACGUCUCACGAGAUUAUUAUCGAGUGCUAGUCUCGUGCUCAAACCAUUGCUUGGACCGUCUGCCCAAUUAAUUGAUUGCUCAAAUUGAUUGCUCGUGUGACACACAAGUCCUUCUACCUCCAUCUGGCCGGCAAGCUCCAAGGGAAAACCUCCUUUGCUUUUCCCUCCCGAGUGGCUGACGGCCAUGCCCCUGUUUUCUCUAGCUUUGGUUUUAUU